AACAACCGAGUAACCUCCAGCCUGAUAUCAUUUCAUUUCAUAUUGUAUGAUCCUCAUCAUACAAUAUUGUCUCUUUUCCAAGGAACAAUGUUCUACACAAUUAUUAUAACCAUAACUCAAAUCCCCUAACAAAUCCCACAUUCUUUCUUUCACAUAAAUCAAAACACCACGACCACGAUCACAAUUGCCAUUCUCACCCACAAACAUGGCAUCACUCCUUCGACAAAUCGUCGCAGGUCCCCGUUCUCGACAUCCAGAAGCAGGACUUGAUCUCUGCUACGUAACACCAACUGUAAUUGCGACUUCUGGUCCCAGCGGCACAUAUCCACAAAGAGCAUAUCGUAAUCCUCUCGAUCAACUCGUUACAUUCCUCGAUUAUAAACAUGGGAAGGAGGGAUGGAUGAUAUGGGAAUUCAGGGCAGAAGGGACUGGAUAUCCGGAUGAGGAGGUAAGGGGUAGAGUUAAACAUUGGCCGUGGCCCGAUCAUCAUCCGCCGCCGUUUAAAUUGGUUCCGGGGAUUGUGGGAGGUAUGAGGAAUUGGUUGGAGGGGAAAGGAGAUGGGGAGGGGAAGGACGGUAAAGAGGGUGGAAAGGUUGUGGUUGUGCAUUGUAAGGCUGGGAAGGGGAGAAGUGGGACGAUGGCUUGUAGUUAUUUGAUUGCGGAGUGUGGAUGGAAAGCUUCGGAAGCUCUUGCGCGAUUUACAGAAAGAAGAAUGAGACCUGGUUUUGGUCAAGGUGUUUCGAUACCGAGUCAGUUGAGAUGGAUCGGUUAUGUGGAUCGUUGGACAGCUUCUGGGAAACAUUAUAUUGAUCGACAGAUUGAGAUUAUGGAGGUACAUGUUUGGGGAUUGAGAGAUGGUGUUAAAGUACAAGUUGAGGGAUAUGUUGAUGAAGGAAAAACGAUCAAAUUAUUCCACGUUUUUACAAAGAAAGAAAGAGUUGUGGUAGAAGGCAAUACACCUGGAAGUGGAGGAAUCAAGAACUUAUUAUCUGAUAUGGCUGGAUUUGGAAUUCAAGAUAAAAUCGCGAUAUCGAAAAACUCGGAUCGAAUCGAAGAACCAAAGAAUACAAAACCAAUACCACAAGCUUCGGAACCAAAUGCCAGUGAAUCGGAAACGGAUACAGAAACUGGUGGUGGGGCUGUCAUUUUCAAACCUUCUACAAGAGUUAUUCUUCCAACUAGUGAUGUUAACAUCGAUUUCGAAAGACGAAAUAAAGCAUCUAUGGGAUGGACUAUGGUUACCGCCGUAGCCCAUGUAUGGUUUAAUGCCUAUUUCGAAGGCGAUGGACUCGAAAAUAAUGGUAAAGUAGCCGAAAGCGGGAUUUUCGAAAUUGAAUGGGAUAAAAUGGAUGGAAUCAAAGGUUCUUCUCGCAAAGGAACUCGAGCUCUAGAUAAACUUGCCGUAGUAUGGAAAGUUUAUGAUCCUGAACCUGGCCACGGUAAAAGCGAAAGUAUAAUCGAAGAACCUGAUGUCAAUGCACCAGUUCCAGAAGUUCAAGCUGCAGAUUGGAAAGGAGAUAAUGAAAUUUCUCCUACUCAUGGCGAUAGGGAUUUAGGAUUGAGAACGGAAAGUCCAGUUAGUGCGGAGAUUAGUAAAGCGAGUAGUAUAAAUGAGGCUGAUAAGGAAAAGGAAGAAGAGAGAAAAAAUGAGGAAGAGGGUUUGAGGGUUUCGAGUCCAACAGGAGAAGAGGAUUUGGAGUUGGAUAUUGCAAAUUUACCGAACCGGGAAAAGAAUGAUUCGGUACCGACUAUGGAGGCGCUUAAUAAGGGACUUGAUACGGCGACUUCGACGACACCGAAUCGUGAUGUAGAUGCGAGGAAGUGAGUUUAUAUUUUGGUGUGGAUAUGGUCUUUUACUGACCAUUGAUGGAUAGAGUUAUAGGGAAUCAUGAUGGGGUGGGUGGAGUGGAGGGAAUGAAUGGGAGCAGUGGAAGCAGUGGAAGUAAUGGAGCGAAUGGAGUGAAUGGGGUAGAUGGAAUAAAUGAUAUCCCAAACGCGCCACCAAUAUCCACGAUCUCAACAGCAGAUUUGCCAGGUGGUGUACCAGAGGAUCAGAUGAAAAAUGCUAAGUGUCAUAAGUUGGGUCAUAUGCAGAGUGUGAAGAAAACGAUUAAUUCUUAGGAUAUGGUAUAUGGAGAGUGGGUGCGGAUGGCUAGUGGCCUGGUUAAAGAAAAGAGGUGUUGGCGAGAAUGCGGAAAGGAUAUCAGAAGUGAGAUUAGAGGAGGAACUACUGAGUAGAUGGAGAUGUGGGAAUGUGUAGUGUGGGGGUUGAAGAUGGGAAAUCUCUUUGGUCUUUGUUUUUGAGGUGGAGGUGGGAAUGAGGGAGAUAAAAACUAGAGCAGCAGGAAAGAAAGGAAAAGAACAGAACAGAACAGAAACGAAAAGAAGAGAGAUAUGUAGAUGUGGAGCAUGCUUAAGUAGAAUUUAGUGAAUGUAGAAAUAGAUACCAUUUCGUCUGAAUAUGAA